AUGAGGAAUGAUACCCCCAAUAUCAUUGCUUCGGCCGCCAUAACUCUCCCUCUUGCGACCUUGGCUCUUAUUGCUCGACUUGUUGCGCGGCGGAUCACAAAGGCUGGAUAUGGCAUCGACGAUGCCUUUUCCGUUGUUGGCUGGCUGGGUUCACUGGCCUUGUUGACGAAUGGUAUGAUAUGGAUCAAGGAUGGACUGGGAAAGCCCAUGGAGGUUGGACUUACAGACGACUUUACCUUUUACGACAAGAACCGACUGGCAUGGAUCCAUAUGUGGACGACGAGUUUUACCUACACCUUCGCCAUUGCCUUCUCCAAGUUCGCUAUCCUCGCUUUUUACUGGCGCCUCUUCCAAUUCUCCGAUAUCCGAAUACCCAUUCAAGUACUCUCGUGCAUUACCGUUGCAUGGUUCCUAUUACGACUCCUGAUGGUGUGUUUGCAAUGCUUGCCUCUGACAGCAUUGUGGGACGGAACCCAAGAGGAAAGGGCAGCGAAAUGCCACAUCAAAGAAUCGACCUUUUUCUUCUCAACAGUACUGACGCAUGUCUUGAUCGACUGCGCUAUCCUUAUCCUCCCCGCUAUCGAGGUUGGAAAACUUCACUUGCCAAAAGGCCAGAAGGUUGCUGUCAUCGCGCUGUUUGCGUUUGGUGCUAUGACAUGUCUUGCUUCCAUUUUCGUGCUUAUCGAAUCGUUCAAAUUUGAGUCGGAUUCUAAGGAGAUGACGCUCCAAAUGGGACUUCAUUACGCUUGGUCUAUUGCCGAGUGCAAUUUCGCCGUAAUUGCUGCUUGUCUUCCAAUGCUUCGACCAGUGGCCCGCAGAAUCCUACCAGGAUCUUUCCUCACCUCCAACAGCGGUGGCCAAUCGACUCAGUUCAGCGCUCCUUUCAGUGCACCCUUUAGCAACGGCAUACGACUCACAGGCGUAUCCAAGACGAAAUCCCGUGAAAACGACGGAGCCAGCUCAACGCGCGAAUUGGCGUCAAGCAGUGGUGGUCAACCAGAUAUAUACGACAUGGCGGAAUGGCCACAAGGCACGCAAACCACGAUAUCGUCGAGCCCCUUCCGAAAAUAUGCGUCUGCAAAAGACUAUGAAGGAAGUGAAACAGGAAUCCGUGUCGAUCAAGAGACAGAUGUUUCUGUACAACGUGGUGACGACAAGGUAUAA